AUGAUAAAUAAAUUUUUACCAAUUCGAAAAUCUCACCCAGUAUUAAAAAUUAUUAAUGGAUCAUUAAUUGAUUUACCUUCACCUUCUAAUAUUUCUAUUUGAUGAAAUUUUGGAUCUUUAUUAGCAUUAUGUUUAAUAAUUCAAAUUUUAACUGGAUUAUUUUUAACAAUAUAUUAUACAGCCAAUAUUGAAAUAGCAUUUUAUAGUGUUAAUUAUAUUUGCCGAAAUGUAAACUAUGGAUGAUUAAUUCGAACAUUACAUGCUAAUGGAGCAUCUUUUUUUUUUAUUUGUAUUUAUUUACAUAUUGGUCGAGGUAUUUAUUAUGAAUCAUUCAAUUUAAAAUAUACAUGAAUAAUUGGGGUAAUCAUUCUAUUUUUAUUAAUAGCAACAGCAUUUAUAGGAUAUGUUUUACCUUGAGGACAAAUAUCUUUCUGAGGAGCAACUGUAAUUACAAAUUUAUUAUCAGCAAUUCCUUCAUUAGGAGUAAUACUAGUAAAUUGAAUUUGAGGGGGAUUUGCUGUAGAUAAUGCUACCUUAACUCGUUUCUAUACAUUUCAUUUUUUACUACCAUUUGUAAUUAUGAUAAUAACUAUAAUUCAUUUACUUUUUUUACAUCAAACCGGAUCUAAUAAUCCAUUAGGAUUAAAUAGAAAUUAUGAUAAAAUUCCAUUUCACCCAUUCUUCACAUUCAAAGAUUUAAUUGGAUUUAUUAUUAUAUUAUUUUUAUUAACAAUUUUAACAUUAACUAACCCUUAUUUACUAGGAGAUCCUGAUAAUUUUAUCCCUGCUAACCCAUUAGUAACCCCAGUUCAUAUUCAACCUGAAUGAUAUUUUUUAUUUGCUUAUGCAAUUUUACGAUCAAUUCCAAAUAAAUUAGGAGGAGUAAUUGCUUUAGUUAUAUCAAUUUUAAUUUUAAUCAUUUUACCAUUUACAUUUAAUAAAAAAAUCCAAGGAAUUCAAUUUUACCCUAUUAAUCAAAUAUUAUUUUGAUCUAUAGUGACAAUUGUUAUCUUAUUAACAUGAAUUGGAGCUCGACCCGUUGAAGAUCCAUAUAUUUUAACAGGUCAACUACUAACAAUUUUUUAUUUUUCAUAUUUUAUUAUUAACCCAUUUAUCAAUAAAUAUUGAGAUAAUAUAUUAUUUAAUUAA